CAAACAUGACUGUAUUCAUGCCCACAGAACUUCAUGCCAAUGACAUUGAUUCAUGCCAUGUGGGAAUAGUCAAAAAAGUUUGACAUCCAUCAAAUUGAGAAUUUAUAAAGGGCAGCUGAAAAAAAGAUAGUUAAGCAAAAUAAUGGCCGACGUUGAAAAAGAAAAAAAAGAGGAGCCGAAAAAAGUUGUCCAUACCUAUCCACUAAUAAGGUAUUCCGAUAUGCCUGAAGAAGUUAAAAUGGAGACAAUGGAAAUGGUGGUGACUGCUUGCGAGAAACAUUCAAAUAGCAAUGAAGCCGCAGCGCGAAUGAUCAAAACGGAAAUGGAUAAGAAACUCGGACCGCCGUUCCACGUUCUUGUUGGUGAAAGUUUCGGAUUCGAAAUAUCUUACGAAUGUAGCAAUUUGCUUUAUAUGUUUUUCGGAGGAAACUUGGCAAUAGUUAUUUGGAAGUGCUAAUAAUAAGUAAGGAUUUAAAUACUUGUCAGUGAACGCAUAAUACAUAUUAUCCAUCCUUUGAAAUCAUAUACAAAAA